AUGGCCUCAAUCUUUACAUACGACCCAGACCCCCCGCGGGUCUCUUCUCCUUGGCUGACUCCUGAAGAUUCAGAUGUACUCAGCAGAUCGCCGCGAGACUCCACAGGUCCUGGGUUGUUGUCUGAAUAUGGCGUUAAAAAGCUGCAGGCAGAGCCCCAGGAAGGACCAACGGAAUAUAAGCUUCACUUGCUUCUGAGACCAAGAAGAGCAUUCAAGUCUAUGAGCACCAUCAACCAGCCUGAAAACCCCUCUCAAGCUGUUUGCCCCAAGGACAUACGCCGCACAAAACCACCGACAUUGGCCGUUCCAGCAUCAGGAAACCUACCCCGUCAGGAGAGACUGAAGCAUCUCACCACACAGCUGCUGUGGCGUCUCCAACAGUCUUCUCCAUACCAUGCUACUAGUUCCAAAGAAUUGUCAAUACCCAGGUUGCCCGAUGACAAUAUUGACCUCAGCUCGUCAAUUAGGCUGGAACCACUGGUUCCUGGGCUCGAGGAGUCAAGAGGUGCGCUGUACGAAAUAGGGGUCUCCGAUGACGGGACACUGGUUGGUUUGACAAAGGAUGAAAUGGCUGAAAGUAUCAGCACACUGCGUGCCAUGGCGGCAAGUCUGGGGUGCACCGUAGAUGUUGUCCGCAUGGUUAUUGUUGGAGAUUGUGAGUGGGAGGAGGCCGCGUCAUCCAUGCUUGAUGGCAGCCGUGAAGUGAAUUUCAUUGCGAAGAAAGGGAAACUCUGGGUGGCAGAAGCUCUUGUUACUCCCAAUCUCGGUCUUCACGAUACCUCAGAUACAGAAUACGGGCAGUCUGGCCAAAGCGCGUCGAAAGCAAGCGGCACGGGUUCCGUUACCCCCGAGCAAAUCGCCAUGCCCAGCAGAGGAAGCUCAACGACUCCGCAACUUAGAGUGACCCUUACCGGACCCACUACGUCAGGUAAAUCGAGUUUACUAGGUACUUUAUCAACUGGAACUCUGGAUAAUGGUCGAGGGAAGAGCCGGUUAAGCUUGCUCAAGCAUCGUCAUGAGAUGGUGUCUGGUGUGACAAGUUCAACAGCUCAAGAGUUGAUUGGAUACAACAAGAACUCAAUUUUGAAUUUCUCCGGGGGAAAUAUAGAGUCAUGGGUUGACAUUCAUGAUUGCGCCGAGAAUGGCAGGUUGGUGUUCCUGUCCGACUCCGGCGGACACCCUCGGUAUCGGCGCACCGUGCUACGCGGCCUUAUGAAUUGGGCUCCCCAUUGGAGUAUUCUUUGCAUUGCAGCAGAUGCCUCAGAAUAUGCUUCUUCAGGCGUAGGAGCUGUUUCUCCAGCUGGUGUCGACCUAGUAUUUGCACAUUUAAAUCUGGCUCUUAAACUCGAGGUUCCCAUGGCGGUGGUCAUCACUAAGCUCGACGUGGCCUCCAAACAAAUUUUACAGAAAACAUUGGUCAAAAUUCUGGCGACUAUUAAGGACGCUAAACGAAUACCAAAGAUUCUUCAACCAGACCAGAUACAACACGAUGAUUUGCGAGACAUUCCUGGCGAUGACCUCGCCAAGGUGAAUGCGGUUGUGAAGAACAUGGCAGAGGGUGAAAACCUAACUUCAUACGUCCCAAUUCUUCUCACUAGUGCGGUGAAAGGAAUUGGCAUUGGGUUGUUGCAUGCCUUGCUCGCAAAUCUACCCCUGCCUCCGACACCAACGUCGCGAGACUAUGUCGGCAUGGCGUUGAAUCCCGAACAACCACAAUCCCUCUUCCAUGUUGAUGACACAUUUAGCUUACCAAGCUCCUAUUGUGCGUUGGCAACCGAUAACUAUCAAUUAAAGAAUAGAGGCGUGGUAGUUUCUGGCUAUGCUCGAUUUGGAUCUUUUUCAGUUGGGGACAAAAUUGUACUUGGUCCUUUUCAACCAGAGGAUGAGGAGUCGCAAGGAUUGGGUUUGGCUGUCGACGAUCGACCAGCAGUGGGAGCGCCUGGACUAUCGAUCUCGCACCCGUCAUCUGCGGAGUUGGCUCGAAUAGCGAUGAGGAACGCCGUCUCUGCAUCUGCCACGCCAGGAGAAUGGCACAAAGCGCAAAUUGUUAGCAUCCGCAACUUACGAUUGCCUGUGCGAACCCUAGAACCUGGACAAGCUGGAUCUAUAGGCCUCGUGUUUGAGCUGCCGGGGACAUCUUUGAGUCUCCCACUGGCGGAGACGCCUCGUGUACGACGGGGCAUGGCUCUGGCUGUCCCAUCCACGCACAUGCUAAAUUCAAAUCUGUCCCUCCAAGCAGCUAGUGGGUUUACUGCUUCAUUUUAUGACCCUGCGAUAUGCUAUUUGACAUCGGGCUCUCUCGUCAACGUCUAUGUAGCGAGUGUUAGAGCUGCUGCUAGAAUUUUACGAGUUUCGCACCAUCCAUUCCAUCAAGGAUCCACGACUACUGGCAGUGAUGACAUUGAGGACAUUUUUAGCCUGAACACGGACACUGAGACUGGAGAUGCUGCAGCAGUCACUGGAGUGACUUGGUCUGGUGAGGUGUCGCUAGAAUUACUUCAUAGCAGAGAAUGGAUUGAGCUAGGCUCUAAAGUCCUAAUGCUAGAAGGCGGCAGCCAAGAUCGAUCGGGACUCGAAGGAUUCGUGGGGAAAAUUGUCGAGAUAGUUGAUUGA